ACGUGAAUGUCUCUCAGCUCAGAGACAGAGAUGUCCAGGUUCGGUUCUGAUAGAGCAGUCUGCCCUGCUGCUACUGAAGCUCUCCGACUGUUUGGACCUUCAAUGUUUUCUUCCAGAUGUGGAACAGAAGGAAAGGAGCUGCAGAUGUUUUCCUCCUCCACUCCUAAGUGAUGUAACGAUGCAGAGAGGAAAUGGGCGCAUAUCUAAGAGGUUCUAGCUCAAAAUGCAAUACAGCUGAGAGGAUGCUGAGGAAAGUGCUGAUGAUGAGGAGGGUCCUACAUGUGAAGGGAGAUGUGAUGUGCACUCUGCUGCUACUGGUGCUGCUCUGUUUUCUGCUCUACACUCGUCAGGUUGUUCUGUCCUCUGGAGGGAGCAGACCCGUCUGGAAGCUGGAGAUCCACGACUCAACUAGCUCCAGUCGGAUCCUGUUGGGAUCCAGUGGGGCCAAGUUGAGAAAUGAGUUACAUGAGUCCCUGCUACCUUCUUGUAUCCCCCAAUUGAACUCCAACCUCCCUCAGUCUAGAUCCAGUUCUGAGAUCAGGUCCAGAUCACGAAGGAAAAAGGUCCCGCCUACCAGGGCUGCUGACAAACUGCCGACUCUACCACCGUUUGACUUCAAGAGCUAUCUUAGAGAAAAAGACAGGAGAAACUUUAAACUGCUUAUCGACCAGCCGAAGAAAUGUCGGAUAAGAGAAGAAGAGGAAGGAGGAAGAGGUUCUGCUCCCUAUAUGCUCAUCGCAGUGAAAUCUAUAGCUGCAGAUUUUGACAAGCGGCAGGUAGUGCGACAGACAUGGGGGAAGGAAGGCAUGUUCCAACCUGGCAGGUCCGUACGCACCGUGUUUCUGCUUGGGAUUCCCAGGAACCGCUCCUCCCUGCCUUGGUGGGAUCGUCUACUGGCCUACGAGAGCCAAGCCUAUCAGGACAUCCUGCUCUGGGAUUUUGAAGACACUUUCUUUAACCUGACUUUGAAAGAAACACAUUUUCUAGAAUGGGUCAACAGCAGCUGUCCUCAAGUGAAGUUCAUCUUUAAAGGUGACGCUGACGUAUACGUCAACGUGGAAAACAUCCUGGAGAUGCUUCAAGGCAGAGAACCUGAUGAGGAUUUGUUUGUCGGAGAUAUAAUUGUUAAUGCUAAACCAAUCCGCCGUCGCACUUCCAAGUAUUAUGUUCCAGAGUUUAUGUACGGAGGCCUUAUGUACCCCAGUUAUGCUGGAGGCGGAGGGUUUGUGAUGUCUGGACACACGGCGCGAAGAUUAAACUCUGCCUGUCAGCAGGUGGAACUUUUCCCAAUCGAUGAUGUCUUCCUGGGAAUGUGCCUCCAGCUGAUUAGCAUCAGCCCUCUUCGUCAUCAGGGAUUUCGCACCUUCGGGAUUCCCCGGCCGUCUGCGGCGCCCCACCUUCAAACGUUCGACCCCUGUUUUUACAGAGAGCUCAUGGUCGUUCACAGCCUCAGUGUCCCACAGAUCUGGCUGAUGUGGAACCUCCUGCACGACCCCGACCUGAGCUGCCACAACAGAACUGGACUGACAUCUGGACCCUUUAAAUGGAGAGGGAGAAUCAGAGAGAUGACAGGAGAUGAGGCGGAUUACGGUGAGAAGCCGGAGUUUAUCACGCACUAGAGCCUGUCAGGAAGCAGAGGUGGAGCCGCAGGUAUCACGCAGCAUUUCAGGACUGAAUAACAAUCCUGUGAGAAUUUUUUCAGCCAAGAUGAUACAUCAUCCGGCAGGAAAUUAAAUGGACUGGGGGAAUUUUUCCCAGCUGACUUUAUACAGAAACUGAAGGCAUUCGGACAAUAACCUUGGGGACCAAAUAUUUUGCACUGCAUUUAUCUACGAAGAAAUAGGAGUUUAUUUUGCAUAUAAGUUUACAAAAUCCUUUUUUUUUUUUGCAUUAAAUUUGUAAAGCUGCUGUCACAUCUAUUGUUCUAGGUAUGGGGGUGUAAUCUAAAAAUGCAUUAUACUAUUGAUGGACAUUUGAUAAUGCAUUGCAUCCUCUGAUGCAUGUGAACAAGUGUUUUGCUCAUGAUUUGCAGGCUGCGUCUAAUUUUUUUCCUGCAUCAUCAUUGCCAUUUUUCCUUAUGCAUGAACAAAGGCCUUCAGUGUCCACAGUGGGUCAAGUUAAAGAUCACCAAGGACAGCAAAAAAACAAGCUACUGCUCUUAAAUCCAUACCUUUAAGCUGGACUAAAAACUGCAACUAUCCACAUGCAAAAAACAAAUACUCAAUUUGAAAUGGUCGAGCAACACUACAUUAGCAGCAUCAGAAUGCAGAUCGGAGUAGGAAGAAUAAAAAUGGGUGACCACCACUAAAUCUGACACAAUUGGAAUAACUAAUAAAAUCCAAACUGAUUAUUGAAUGGAGAAAACACAUCAACAUUAAACUGCUGAAAUAUUCAUCUGUAAAAAUAAUAAAGUUUUAUCAGUGCAACAACUAGAGAUUCAAUGCAGUCUUAAAAAACACAAACUGAUUCACAGUCAAACCAUUUCACAGUCACAUUUUAUUUUUCUGUUUUCAUAUUCUUGUACAACACAGAAAAUAAACUCUGUUGUCAGCAAAUAUUGAGCAUCUGAUUUCAUAAAGGUCCAUUAUCUUUGUUGAAAAUUCAACAACUAUCAAUGGAGUUCUGCUGCAGCGAAGCUUCAGUCUCAUGCAUCUCUUUGCACUACAUGUUUUUAUUGCCAUCUCAGUCAUGGGACAUGCUGGAUGAAUCUGCUUGUUAUUUCAUUCACAAAGUUAUUCAAAAUAUGCAUAUCAAACAAGCUACAUUCCUAAGAAUUUCGCAUCAGCCGUAAUUACCCGCUCUGCUUCCAGAAAAUUAAAAUAUAAAAGGAUAACAAUUAUCAAUGGGGUAGGGACAUUGGAGUAGAAACAACAAAUAUGUUAAUACAAACUAAGGGAGAACAUAAUCCAAGCAGGUUUGGGGGAGAUUAACCAUUUACGGUAAUCUCAAUAUCCUCUGUGUCUC